UCUGGUUCAUCGUUGUUCGGGGCGAUAGCACGGCUGCACUGUUUGGACGGGUUCCUUAGCUCCUAGUCUUGCAGCUGUUGUUGUCUGUCCUUCAAUUCGGAUAUUUGGUUGCGACUAUUCCCUCAUCUCUACUCCCCUCUACCCCGCCGCAUUUUAUCUUCGCCAUCCGAUUGUGGGCGGACGCGAAAUCUGUUUGUCAGCCGCCAUCACCAUGGCGCGCGUUUAUGCCGAUGUUAACGAGCAUAUGCCUCGGUCCUACUGGGAUUAUGACAGUGUAAACAUCUCUUGGGGUGUUCUGGAGAACUAUGAAGUAGUCCGCAAGAUAGGCCGUGGAAAGUACUCGGAGGUCUUUGAGGGCAUCAAUGUUGUCAACUACCAGAAGUGUGUCAUCAAGGUCCUCAAACCAGUCAAGAAGAAGAAGAUUAAGCGUGAAAUCAAGAUUCUUCAGAACCUGGCAGGUGGUCCCAACGUGGUAGCGUUGUUGGAUGUGGUCCGCGAUAGUCAGAGCAAGACCCCGAGUCUGGUUUUCGAGUAUGUGAACAAUACCGACUUCCGCACACUCUAUCCGCGAUUCUCCGACUACGAUGUCCGCUACUAUGUCUAUGAGCUCCUCAAGGCGUUGGACUUCUGCCACAGCAAGGGUAUCAUGCAUCGUGAUGUGAAGCCUCACAACGUCAUGAUCGACCAUGAGAAGCGCAAGCUGCGUCUUAUCGAUUGGGGUCUUGCCGAAUUCUAUCACAAGGGUACUGAGUAUAACGUUCGUGUCGCCUCUAGAUACUUCAAAGGCCCCGAGUUGCUCGUUGACUUCCAAGAAUACGACUACUCUCUGGACAUGUGGUCACUUGGUGCCAUGUUCGCAUCUAUGAUCUUCCGCAAGGAGCCUUUCUUCCACGGAAACAGCAACUCCGACCAAUUGGUGAAGAUCGCCAAGGUCCUCGGCACUGAGGAGCUCUUCGAGUAUCUGGAUAAAUAUGAAAUUGAGCUGGACCCUCAAUAUGAUGAAAUUCUUUCCCGUUUCCCUCGCAAGGCCUGGCAUACCUUCGUCAAUGCCGAGAAUCAGCGUUUCGUCUCUGACGAGGCCAUUGAUUUCCUAGACAAACUUCUCAGAUACGAUCAUGCGGAACGUCUGACCGCACAGGAGGCCAUGGCUCACCCUUACUUCGAUCCUGUCCGGCCAGAAGUGCAAGCUCAGAACAAUAGGGGAUUGUAAACAUAAACCGCAAGCGCGCACCAGAGUCUUAUAGCUAUUAUACACAGAGCCCUCGGGUUUACUGCAUAGCACCCUCCACGAGUAUUUGACCAUCUGCUGCUGCUGAUAAACAUCGAUUUGGUUUACAUUUUGAGUGCCUUGGGUUGAGACAAGGAGAUGAGUUUAUUACAAGAAAGAACUACAAACGGCGACGUAACAAAUGGUUGUUGUGUCGCUCUGGACAAGAAAACACUGAGAGCGCCAUGGAUGCGAUGAGUUAUGCCAUAUGGACGGAGACGAUGAUGAUGAAAACAGAUGACAUACACUUAAUACGAUGGGCCACCGAGCCCAUCUCAGCUCAUUACUCUUGGCGCACCAAGUGAGGGGAUUUAUCCGAUGGUGUUUAGAGUGGGAUCAACGGGCUUGACGGCUGGUGCCUUCUGCACGAGCACGGCUGUCUCAGUCUUGUGCAGUUUCUACCAUCCUUCUUUCCUCGUAACUGUUGGACCGUUGUCGAUGGGAUAUCAUUCUUCGCUGCCAUUAUUGCAUUUUGAACUUUGCCACUUCUACCCUUUGAUCAUAUUUCCCGUGUGCAACUCCUUACUGCGUCAUUAAACGGCGUGAGGGUCUACAUAGUUUGGUGCUUUAUGAAUCUGGGCUUUCCCUUUUUUUCAGGACACUAUUGAAUGCAUUGUGGAAUAGUUCCGCCCCACUUGAUAUCUUGAGUGCAAAGGUUAUAUAGAUAGCGCGGGCCUGGGAAGAAUCCGGGGGAUAGUCUCCGGAGAACAAUAAACAAUCCUCGUCUCG